AUGACUUGGGGAGUAGGUGGCAUCUAUGAAGUGCAAGAUAGAAUCUUAUUCCAUGAAUUCUUAGCCUAAAAAGGAGCCCCAAUCCCAUACAAAGCUAAGGAUGGUGAAACAGUCUUCGAUUACUAUAUCUACUUAGAUGAAAGAGGUACUUGUGAAUGGAAACUCAUAUCACCAGAAGAAUGGAAGGCCCCAGAUAAAUUCUAAUUCUCACAAUUACUCAUGCCCACUGUAGAUUCAUUCAGAGCUGAAAUGAUCUUAUCAUACAUUCUUAAUCAACCAAAGGCAUCACCAUAACCACCUGUCAGUUGCAGUUAUGUUAUCUUAGUCGGAGGUAGUGGUACAGCCAAAACAUCAAGUGUUCUUAUGUAUGCCAACAAAUUCAACAAAGAAAAGAUGUUGUUCAAGAGAAUCAACUUUUCAUCUGCUACUCUACCUAGUCACUUCUAAGCUGCCAUUGAAGCUGAAUGUGAUUUCAAAAUAGGUAAAGAUUUUGCUCCUCCUCAAAAUAAAAAUAUGACUGUAUUCAUUGAUGAUCUUUCAAUGCCUUUUGUAAAUAAGUGGGGAGACUAAGUCACAUUGGAAAUAGUUAGACAACUCAUCGAUUAGGGUGGUUUCUAUAUGUUAGACAAAGCCUAAAGAGGUAAUUUCAGAGGUAUCAAAAACCUUACAUACAUCGGAGCUAUGUAACAUCCAGGAGGUGGUAGAAAUGAUAUUCCCAACAGAUUGAAGAGACAAGCAGUCAUUUUCAAUAUGAUUUUGCCACUCUCAGUUGAAGGCAUUUAUGGUCCAAUCAUCAAACAUUAAUUCAAGGCUAAAUAUUUCUCCGCUGAUGUCAAUAGAGCUAUUGAUACAUUAACUGGUGCAACCAUUUAAAUUUGGAAUAAGGUCAAAGCAACUAUGUUACCAACACCUGCUAAAUUCCAUUACGUGUUCAACAUGAGAGAUUUAUCCCGUGUCUUCAAGGGUAUCCUAUCAGUCAGAAAGGAAACAAUAAACACUGCUGCUUAAGUUGGACCCAUGAAAUCUGAUGUAUUUUUAGUUGGAUUAUGGAUGCAUGAAUGUGAAAGAGUCUUUGUCGAUAAAAUGACUAAUCAAAAAGAUAAGGAUCAAGUGUGUAAUUACAUUAAGGAUAUUGCUUUGGAUCUCUAUAAUCAUUUAGAUAGUGAAAUCUAGGAUAAAUUCAGCAAGGAAAAGUUAUUCUUAAUGUGUGAUUUCUUGAAAGAAGAUAUAAAGAAUGAAGAUGGACUAACUUUAUUACUAUGA